UCCUUCUCUGAUUGGACAGCAUGCUCUGUCAAGUUCCGUUUCCUGGUUUCCAGUAAAUAAAGACAUUCGCUUGUGUUUAAACUUAUAAUUUGCCUUCUGUGGAUGUGGCUAAAUAUGUCGUUCAGAAAGGCCUCCUACGCGGCUCUGGUUGUCGUCUGUCUUUGUCUGACUGUAAACUGUAAGUUUCCCACUCUGGACCAUCUCAAACCCAAAGCCAGCGACAAGACGCAGGCGAGAGCCGUGUCCGGGUUGCUGAGGCGGCUGCUGGGGAACAGAUCCACGGAGUUCAUCGUGUCAGUCAACCGGAGCCUCUCCAAUGACAGCCUGGAUGUGUGUGAGCUCAGGUCCGCUAAAAACAACAAGAUUGUCGCCACAGGUAGCACCGGGGUGGCCCUGGCUUCUGGGAUUUACAACUAUUUAAAAUAUUUCUGCAACUGCCAUGUUUCCUGGUCUGGAAAGCAGCUGGAAGUGCCAAGUCCUCUGCCUCAGCUGACUGGUGUGCUGCGGAUCAACACCCCUCACAGAUUCCGGUAUUACCAGAACGUCUGCACUGUCAGUUACUCUUUUGUGUGGUGGGACUGGCCAAGAUGGGAAAAAGAGAUUGACUGGAUGGCUCUUAAUGGAAUCAACCUGCCUCUGGCUUUCACUGGUCAGGAAGCUGUGUGGCAAGAGGUGUACCGUUCACUUGGAUUAAAUGAGUCCGAGUUAGAGGACUUCUUCUCUGGACCAGCGUUUCUGGCCUGGAACCGGAUGGCAAACAUGGACAAGUUUGGUGGGCCUCUGCCUCAGUCCUGGCAUGUGAACCAACUGUACCUCCAAUUUAAAAUCCUGGAGCGGAUGAGAGCGUUUGGGAUGAUACCUGUGCUGCCAGCCUUCUCAGGGAACAUUCCCCAAGGAAUUCACAGGUUAUAUCCUAAAGCCAAUGUAACCAGACUGGGACCGUGGGCCCAUUUCAACUGCAGCUUCUCAUGUUCCUUCAUCCUAGACCCAAGGGACCCACUUUUUCUCCAGAUCGGCGCUCUCUAUCUGUCUCAGGUGGUAAAGCUGUUUGGGACAGAUCAUAUCUACAACACUGACACUUUUAAUGAGAUGACCCCACCUUCUUCUGACCCUGACUAUUUGUCUGCAAUCAGCCGCUCUGUUUUUGCCUCCAUGACUGCAGUUGAUCCUGAUGCAGUUUGGUUGAUGCAAGGCUGGCUGUUCUUCAGUGACCCCAACUUCUGGAAGCCGGUACAGAUUCAGUCACUACUACAUGGAGUUCCCCUGGGAAGAAUGAUUGUUCUGGAUCUGUUUGCAGAGGCUGACCCAGUUUUCACAUACACUGAGUCUUUCUAUGGACAGCCAUUCAUCUGGUGUAUGCUGCACAAUUUUGGGGGCAACAAUGGUUUUUUUGGCACAGUCGAAAGCAUUAACUCUGGGCCUUUUAAAGCCCAAAAUUUCCCAAACUCCACUCUGGUAGGAAUAGGCAUGACACCUGAGGGCAUUGAACAGAAUCCUGUUAUUUAUGAGUUAAUGAGUGAAUUGGCAUGGCGCAAAGAGCCGGUCAACCUGGCUAAGUGGGUGUCACUUUAUGCGGUACGGCGUUAUGGUGGCAUGCAUGACAGCCUGACAGCUGCAUGGAAGCUGCUAUUUUCCAGCGUUUACAACUGCACUGUACCACAUUAUGUCAACCACAACCACAGCCCAAUGGUUCGCAGGCCUUCCUUCCGAUUAAGAACAGACCUGUGGUAUGACCCAGCCGAUUUGUUUGAAGCUUGGAAACUCUUCAUGGAAGCUGCUCCUUCUUUUAUGUCCAAAGAAACCUUCCAGUAUGAUCUUGUAGAUGUUACACGGCAGGUCCUACAAGUUCUAACAGCGUCUUUUUACCAAGAUAUUGCUGAUGCUUUCGGGAAUAAAAAAAUGGCAGAGCUGCUGACUGCAGGCGGUGUGCUGGUGUAUGACCUCUUUCCUGAACUUGACCGAUUGUUGAGCAGCAACCAGAACUUUCUGUUAGGGACAUGGCUGGAACGAGCCCAAUCCAAGGCCCUAAAUGAGAAAGAGGCGCAGCUUUAUGACAUGAAUGCCAGAAACCAAAUCACCCUGUGGGGCCCCAGCGGCGAGAUCCUGGACUAUGCCAACAAAGAGUGGGGGGGCCUUAUAGAAGACUACUAUGCCCAGCGGUGGGGGCUAUUUGUCCAAACCCUGGUGGAAUGUCUGGACCACGGACUUCCGUUCAAUCAGAGUUCUUUUAACCAAGCAGUUUUCCAGAUUGAAAAGGGAUUCAUUUACAAUGGCAGGAAGUAUCCAACCAAACCUCAGGGAGAUACUUAUGAGAUCGCCUACAGGAUCUUCCUCAAGUACUACCCUCAAGCCAUGAAGAGACUGCUACAAACAGUGAAAGGCUCCCCCAGUUCCCCCAGCUCUGCCUUUCCAUGACUGUCCCUGUGGGUGGUUGAAUUGACUCUGUCUGGAAAUAUGAAGACAAUCUGUUGUGCUGAUUUCUUGAAAUAAGCAGAUUGCUGGUGGAUCGGUUAAUUUACUAAUCAACUUUGCAAGAAUCCUUUUUAAAAAAGGAUAGUGUUAAUUAAAAUGUGAAGUUGACCAUGUGGACGUUAUUAUUAUAAUUAUUAUUGGUAUUCAAAUCAUUUUUUCAGGUUUUGGUUGAGGUGCAUAUUCACUGUUUUAGGAUGAAAGUCAUUUUAAAGCUUCAUCUCUUUCUAUAGUGCCUACUCACAUCAUCUCAGGGGACUUUUCAGGAAGGCAAACUGGUUUAGUUCAAAUGAGAUCACUCUCAGUCCGAUCCAUAUUAUCAGAACUUCGUUUUUAGUGUAAUAUCUGGAGGAUGGUUCUGUGCAUAGUCCAAACAGUUGGAUGGGACGGGAGCCUCCAGUUGGUGCUCUUUCUCCACUUGUUUCAAAGCAAACUGUUUAUCAGAAACAAAUAUGUUUAUUACAAGAUUUAUUAAAACUGACGAUAUAUUGCCAAUAAUCCAGUGUAAAAUUGUAAAAAAAAAAAUUUCCAGCUUUUCUCUGUACUUAACAAUAAUGGACCCAAAAAGUUAAUUAAUAUUAAAGUACUUUUGAAUUGCAAGCACUACAGAUUUGUGCAGAUUAGCUUUAAAAUGUUUGUUUUUUUAUCUAUAAGGUAAAAACAUGUUUUCGCAAUAAUUGUGCUUCACAGACAUCACAUGAGGCAACAUAUCUGCCACUCCCAUUUCUACUCUAAGACAUUAAUGAGUCCAGUCAUCCUGUUGACGGGUCACAUCCUCUCAACAGAAUCCCACUUCAGACCUGGAAAAGUAUCCCUGGGAAGACCCCUUACCCUCGGCCAUUACACCAAGUGCCUUAAUGAAUACAUCAUGCUCAAUAGUGCAGGAAUGUCCUCCACAUGCAGAAUAAGACAUGAUUGUAUGAAAAUUAUCUUCACUAAUACAAGAACACUUAGUGUAACCUAGCUGAGCUGUCUAGAACAUCUAUGACCGUAGUAAAAAGUAGAUUUAUCUCGAUGGAUCUGCUCUCUUGCUCUAUUUUGUAGUUUUUAUGCUACAUUGUUUUUUAAACUGUGAUGUCAUGAUGAUGUGUAUUCAGCCAGGUAUGCUGCUUUAUGCUCCUUUUAUAAGGAAAUAAAGUAAAUGAUUUUGCAUUUUUAA